AUGAAGGUGGAAGAACUUUGCCAUCAACUAUGGCCGGAGAAAAGUAGGCAUAUCGGUCAGCAAUUCCGCAAACUAUUUCGGAGAAAAAAGAACGUCAGCCAGGGACCAACAAAGACCUUUCAAAUCGAGCGGCUUGAGGGCGGCAGUUUCAAUCGAAUAAUUGGAGUUGCGAUCAAUGACAGCGAUAAAUCGAAAUUUGUGCUCCGCAUUCCUCGCUUUGAGUUUGCUCGUCCUGCUAGAGACGCGGCGAUCCUUCGCUAUGUACGCCAAAGAUAUCCUCAAAUUCCAGUCCCUGAGAUAGAGGCCGCAGAUUUCACAAGCCACAAUGUCCUCAAUGAGCCAUAUAUGGUGCAGAAACGUAUUCCUGGAAUUGGGCUCCACUCAAAGGAAUGCCGUUUUCCAGGCCUUACGCACGACCAAAAGCACACAUUUGCUGCCCAGUUCGGAAAAAUACUUCGGAGCUUGAUGUCUGUCAAGAACGAAGAGCCUGGCCAGAUCGAAGGUAUCGCCAUAUUUGGCUCUGCCCAGGCAAAGCGUCAGGUCCCAUGUUUCCGUGUCCGACCAUUUGACGUUGACGCUGAUCUGACCCGCUGCAAUCCCGACCUGGAUGAGAUGACAGUCUCAGGUGAGCAGCCUAAGUAUGAAUCUCAUUUAGAAUUCUUCUUGACUCAGUUCGGGCGGUACAAAGCUGCAGCUAUGAAGCGAAAUGCCAUUGCUGAAGCCGAAUACAUGGCUGCUUUCGCAUCACUCGCCAUCCAAUUAGACCAGAGUGGAUUCCUUGGCCAAGACGCAAGGUACGUGCUGUGCCAUCUCGAUUUGAAUAUGUCCCCACAUAACAUCAUGGUCAAGAUUGACGACAAAGCCAAUCUUUCCAUCACCGGCAUCCUCGAUUGGGACUCGGCUGUACUGCUCCCUACCUUUGCAGCUUGUCAACCCCCAAUGUGGGUCUGGGCGUGGGAUAAGGAAGAGCCUGAAGACGAGAGAGCCGCGGGUCUUACACCCUUGUCACCUGAAAUGCAAGAGCUCAAAGCUAUUUUUGAGGAUGCUGUGGGAGACGAGUGGUUGAAAUACAGGUACCAACCUGGCUUCAGGAUUGCGAGAAAACUAUGCGAUUUCGCAAUCAAUGGCCUUACUUCUCCUCAAAAGAUGGAGGAGGCGAACGACUUAAUAAAAGAGUGGGCUAGCAUGAGACCCGAAGGCAUGGAAGAAGUAUUAGAACCGCGAAAAAGUGACAAUAUUUGGAUCUUGAAUGACGAUUUUGACCAAGGGCUUGAUCUCCCAAAACCCGCCAAUCCAGAGAUUUACCCCCAGACUGUCAGCACAUCCAAGCAGGACUUGUCAGUUGAGCUGAAAUUAGCAUUCCAGAUUGAUUAG